GCUACUGCACAGUGAAUAACACAAAUUAGAGUUACUAAAUUAAAGUUGAGUGUUGUGAUUGAUCACAAAUCAUCUUCUCCGCGCAUUUCACGUUGACAAUGGUGAAUGCCGGUGGUGAACACUAUCGGAACGGAAAUGCUCGGGUUCACAUGAGCGUCUGAAACCGACAGGAAGAAAAUCACGGCUGAGGCUCUAGCAUCAUAAUGGCACUCGACAAUCCGUCCUACUUUUCCCUGUCCGGAGGUUCGAUACAAUCUCCAGGACCAUCGAACGCUCGUGGCUUCGCGGCAUUUUUUCGCAAGCGUCAGAAUAAAAUGGGAUCGGUGUCCUCAGCGUCGAUUAUGUCUAGUUCAACUGGUAGCACGUCGACACACCACAGGAGCAUUGAAUCCGUCGAGGAGUCCCAGCCGAUGCUGACGAGAUCGGCGAACUCCGGCAAUUGCCAGCGGAGGAGUUUCCGCGGUUUAUCGAGGUCGAUGAGCGCACACGCGGAUAAUGAGACCCUCCAGAUACUGAAAGGUGAGCCGAGACCGACGGACAUUGCACCCCCGUCGCCGCAUCUGCCGCACAGGUCGCACUCCCACUCGGAUCACGACCGGCGGCGGCCCAACAGGAGGAGAAUCCUGAAAUCCGCGAGUGAGUUGCUGUCGGAUGACAUGGUUUUCUGCGGACUUCCUGGCGAGGAGGGCUCGCCGGGGCGAGGGGGCGAUGACGAGGAUGGGGAGGUCUUCCUCGGGCUGGACGACGUGAGGUACUACAAUUUGUCGGCGACUCUGCCGGCUCCUGGGACCUCCGGGACGCGGAGACACUCCAUCGGGACUUUUCUCGAGAAGGAGGAGGGCGGCGGGCAGCGCAGGAGGAUCAUUCAGACGGAGGGCUUUAUCAAGGAGCCCGAGGGCUUCGCACCGCCUAUUCCCACCGAUCAGGUCGACGGGAGGGCACCCGCCGGGAGGAAGUGCAGGAGACAUAAGAGCUCGAGGCAAGGUUCGCGAACGCGAACAGGAAUCGGCGCACAUCAGGAGGCAACAAAUGCCAAAUUGAUGGAGGACAGAGACGAUGUGGUUUUCGUUUCGAGUAAAGACAGUGAGGCGUCAACGUUAUGGGUCAACUACCUCACAGCUUGCUUUGAGCAGAUCAGUAGACAGCAGGGGCGGCCGCCUUUCAAAGUGAGACACGUAACAGUGGAGGACUCAGUGUCAGUGACCCAGACAAUGCAAGAUCGCGUGGCGAAGUCUCGCCUUCAGAUAGUGGUGGUCUGUCCAGUUCUCCUGGACCGAGCGUCGACGAAGCCCGAGCAGGCGUCGGCCCUCGCCCGGCAGUUGUCACCGGAGCGUGUCCUGGCGAUGAUGCUGGGUGUCCACGACGGGCACCUCGCGGAGAGCCAGAAGACCGCCCUGAUCACGUACCCCCAGUGGCGAAAGUUCUUCGUCAAGGACCAGGACGAGACCUUCGUCGGGGAAUUCCUCGCGGCUGCGGUCGCCAUCCUCGGCGCAAACCCACCCGCCGCUCUGAAGAACGAUAAAACCACGUUCUCCGUGCACCCGAAGAAGGUCAAGAUGGGGCAGAGUCGGGUCCUCGUUAUUAUGAACGAGCCUCUCAGGGCGGAAGACACCGUCAGUGUCAUCGUCGACAGGUGCGGGGAGGGCAUCGACGUGACGCUAGUCAAACGCAGAAAUCCUUAUACGCUGCAACUUGCGGUGCCUGACAGGUGCCUCGAGGUCUCAAUGCUCAUCGGCAUCAGGGUCAUUGUUAAUGGGGUUCCCCAGGGCGUCAGGCAGGUCAAGUGCGAAAGCCGGCUGAGGGAACUCGAUCAGAUACUUCGCGCGCAUGACAAUCCACUGGAAUUCAUGUGUCAGACAUUUGGGUUUAAUCCGGGAGAUCGCGAUCAAUUGGAUAACUGGAUGGUCCAUGCCUUUCAAAGAAACUUACCGCCACGUUUUGAUCUUCUGGCUACACCCACCGGGGCUGCGCCUUUACAGCGAAAUACAACGAGUCCCGAGGAGUACCCGACCCUCCUCCACUUCGCAGCUCGUUUCGGCUUGGAGAAAUUAGCGUGGCAAUUAUUGGAGUGCCCCGGUGGUGAAAUUGCUUGCGAUCUCAAGAAUGUCGCUGAGUUAACCCCGGCCGAUACUGCUGAGCAAGCGGGUCACAACAAGCUUGCGCAGCAGCUCCGUGGUUACAUGCAAAUGAAUGAAUUCACGAACAUGUAUAGCUACCUCAAGGUCAUCAGUGAGAAUGCAGGAUCAGGAGCAAACAACGAAAGUCCCUCCCCGCUGACCCACUUCAACUGCCUGGACACAGAAAACGACAAGGAAGAUUACUGUCGUCCUCGACCCCUGAGCGAGGCGUAUCUGGUGCCCCCAGCUGCCCGCCCUGUGACAACAUCCCCCUCGAUGAGCCUCACAACGCCCCCUCAAUUGCCACCUCCGAAUCCGACCUCGCAGAGUGCCAGCGAGAUGAAUUACUCAAUUGUACCACCACCUACACCAGUUCUGGGUGCGCCCCCGAUCAAUCUCAAUCAUUCCAAUGUGAAUGGCUUGAAUUUACCCCUUCAAGGAUACAUGAAAAUGUAUCCAGCAAGUCCAAAGGUGUCUCCAUCAUUCCCGGCCCCGGUGACCGCACCUCUCCAGGCCCUGAGGCCCUCCCCCAAUCAACAGUCAAAAAGAGACAUGAAGGACGACAGCUCCGGCUCCAGAACCGGAAGUUUACAGCGUUCGACAUCGAACCAGGGCAACAAGUCCCGAGAGCCCUCGGGUCCCCAGGACGAGCUCCUGGAGAUCAUCAAUGACUUCAAAAACAACGUGUUCACGAUUUCUGAGGUCGAGAGGCUCGUGGAGACCUGGAGGAAUCGCAAUGACGUGCAGCAGAGCUUCAAGGACAAGCAGAGACAGCUGGCGGCGAUGAGGGAUGAGUACGAGAGGAUCCAGAAGAGGCUGAAGGAGGAGAUGAAGGCGCCAACGCCCUUUGAUAAGAUUAAGAAGUUCUUCUCGAAGGGGAAGAAGGAGGCGAAGGAGGGUGCGGGCGCUCAGGAUGGGGCGGCUGCCGGUAAGACUGAGAAGAGUUGCGACGGAGGGGAGAGGAGACCCAUCAGCAGUUUGAGUCUUCACAGUGUCUCCAGCUCUUCAUCCUCUGGACGCAUGAGUAUUAUAAGUGGGUGCUCUGGAACGAGUCUAGGGGACAGUGGAACACAUUCAGACACUGAGGACCGAAGGUUGAGAAAUCCGCGGGAAGAUAAAGGUGGAAUAAUGACGUAUGAGGUUCCACCAGCGCCGAAACCCUUCACCGGGAGAUACUCACCCAUGCGAUACACCCCAUCGCCACGAUCAUCCGGUUCACACCCUGAAAACGAGAACAGAAAGCCACAGCCGCAGAAUGGAAGCUCGAGUGAUGAGUAUUAUAUUGCGUUUCCGGUGUCCGGACUUCCUAUUCACUUUUUCAAUCCUGAUGGGACACCGAUAGAGCCAAAAACCCCAAGUUCCCCAUGCGAUCCUCCCCUCUACCAAAUUCCGAGCAACAUCCCAGAGGAAGACAAUCAUUCCGAUAACCCCGAAAAGACUGAAAUAAAAGAAAUGAACGCACUUCCUGCCGCUCCUCCACCGCCGCCCCCGUCCCCACCCACCCACCUCUCCCUCGACUACAUGAAUAUUGUACCCGCGAACAUACCCUCGAGUGUCCUCCAAACACCCGUCAAUGAGAGUCUGCGGGAGAACAGUGAGAGCGUGGAGGGAUCCUUGAGCGUAACAAAAGUUUUGAAUGAGGAACCGGUCAAGGUUGCCGAUGGGGAGACGAAGAUUAUCAAUGAGGGAACGAAGGAAGAGUCCCCAGUGAAUCUUACACAAUCGGAUCACGUCCGGCUGGAGGGUGUGGGGAUGGAGGUUGUCGGGGAGUCCAGACUCCCGGAAUAUAUGAAUAUUUCGCCUGGCGGCGAGCAGGAGCCGAGGGUUAUUGGAACUAUUCCGAAAAAACCGGCUGCACCUCCUGUGCCUCCAAGAGCCCAGGCGAGGAAAUGAAAACUUGAGGAGUUCCACAUCUCCACGAGCAGUAGACUAAUAAUAAGAUUUAAAUGUACCAAAUAUAUACCAACGAAUAAUCCAAAUUAAUUGUUUUAGUCGUGUUACUGUAAAAUGUCUAUUUCCAACGAAUUAAGUGAAUUAAGUGAAUUGUUUAUACGUCCAAUCGAAGUCUAUGUAAUAUUGAAUGUAUUUGCGAAGACAUCUUGUGUUGUCGUGAGAGACUGAGUUCCGUAAUCUCCCCGGAAUUCUCCGGACAUCUGCCCCGUACGUACGAGAAUGUCCGGAGUCUACAUUCAUCCUGAGCAUGCUCUUCCAACGGGUAUUCUAUUUGUACUAAUCAUGAAAUAAGUUGUAACGAAUAGAUAAAUAAAUUUUUUAUGGAUUUACUGAU